AUGGCGAUGAGUCAGAUGAGUGGACAUCAGGAAAAGGAUGAAAGGGACAUUCAAAGAGCCCCUGGCGGCUUGCGGCUCUUUUCACUGUUUGGGCGUCGGAAGUCUCCACCGACUGAAGAGGAGGAUGCAGCAGCAACAAAACAAACAGUGGUAGAAAAAGUAACAUCAAAGGCGAAGUCAACUGUGGCAGAUGCAGCAAGCACACUAGAAGGGAGGACAGAAGUCGCCUAUCGCACAUACACCCGCAGACCAACCUUAACGCUUGCUGAGCUACCUAAACGCGUUAUUGAAUGCCAGUAUGCUGUGCGGGGUCCCACCGUGGCGCUGGCCAGGGAGCUGGCGGAACGCCUUGCCGCGGGAGACACGACAUUGCCUUUUAAGCGCCUCAUCUACGUAAACAUAGGAGAUCCACAAGCGCUUGGUCAGCCACCCAUAUCUUUCUUCAGGGAGGUUGUGGCAUGCGUCAUGUACCCCCCGCUUAUGGGGCUUUCCCUCCAUUCCAACGCUGUCGCCCGCACACCGUCAUUAGACAAGCGCACGCUAGAUGCUCCAAACGGCCUCUUUGAAGACUCCAAGGUGCCUCAGGAACAUGAGCAGAAUGACUCGGCCCUCAAUUUCUGCCCCAAAGAGUUCAAGGUUCCUUUUCCCGAAGAUGUCAUCUGCAAGGCGAAGGAAUACCUUGCAGCUGUUGGCUCUCUGGGGGCUUACUCGCACUCUCAGGGGGUUCUAGAGCUACGACAAAAGAUCGCACAGUGGUUUACGGAACGGGACGGGUUCCCGGCGAAUCCUGAUGGUAUCUUUCUAACAGAUGGGGCCUCUGCUGGCGUCGCUCGUCUGGUAGAGGUCUUGUACAGGGGACCUGAGGAUGGCCUCCUCAUUCCAAUACCGCAAUAUCCACUCUACGGAGGGCUCCUGACAAGGAUUGGAGCGCGAGGAGUCGGCUAUUACUUAGACGAAGACACAGGGUGGUCUCUUAGCGUAGCGGAGAUGGAAAGGGCCCUUGCAGCUGCACGGGCUGAAGGCACACACGUUAGGGGCCUAGUCGUGAUAAAUCCUGGAAAUCCCACUGGCCAGCUAAUCAAGGAAGAGCAACUCCAAGAGGUCGUGCAGUUCUGCCACAGGGAGGGCCUUGUGCUGCUGGCAGAUGAGGUCUACCAAGAAAACGUGUAUGGGAAUACGCCCUUUGUCUCGUUGCGAAAGGUGGCACUGAGGCUCAACGUGGAUGUGACAAUUUUUUCCUUCCACAGCAGCAGCAAGGGCCUUGUUGGAGAGUGUGGUUUUCGGGGGGGCUGUAUGCUUAUAGAAAACAUCGGCGAAGAGGUGAAGCAGCAGCUCUAUAAGCUGUCUUCUAUGUCGCUGUGUUCUAACCUCCUUGGUCAACUCAUGAUGUGCAAUCUUUGCAAUCCUCCAAGGCCUGGAGAACCUUCCUACGAGAACUACGUGCGCGAGAAAAAAACAAUUUAUUCCACUAUCAGGAGGAAGGCGGAUAUGGUGUACAAGCACCUCAAUGCCGUCCCUGGAAUCACCUGUCAAAGGAUUGAAGGCAGCGUCUUUGGAUUUCCUCGAAUAGAUAUCCCGAAAAAGGCCCAGGAGGCAGCAGCCUUGGAGGGUUUGGCUCCAGACCUGUUCUUCUGUCUCGAGCUGCUCAAGGCAACAGGUAUUGUAGGGGUUGCUGGAAGCGGCUUUGGGCAGAAGGAGGGAACCUUCCAUGUCAGGAUCUGCAUCCUCCCAGAUGAGGCACUGCUGGCAGAUAUGACAGAAAAGUUUGGAAAAUUUUAUCUAGAGUUUGUUCAGAAAUACAGGGACUAA